AUGGAUAAGGGAAAAGAGUUCAGCAAGAACUAUCGUUCUUUAAAGAAGAACAAUUUUGAACCUAACAUUCGCACCAAAGACUACAACAGCUGCGAAGAAUCGUUUCAAUCCUUGGGUAAUGGCGUGCCUUUUGACCGCAAAAGAGCUGCGUUUCACCGUGAUGAGAGGGGCGACUAUGAUGAAGUAAACUGCGCAAAGCUAACAAAAAGAGCGCGAAUAUUGAACCAAGAAGCGUUCUCAAACGCUAUCAGAAACUCAGAAAUGUUUCGCACUGGUUAUCUGUAUCUUGACGCAAAGUUUCGUGCCCUGUCCUCCGCGGGCGGGCGAUAUGUUUGCUCUUCGCGGCCUUCGAAAGUGUUAAACGAUGACUCGCAAGCAUCAGAUCUUCCGUUUCCAGAACAGUACACACCAGGCGAACAUUCCGACAUGCCCACCGCAUUAGGAAACUUUGAUUUAAUGAACACCCUGAAGACUACGCAAGAAUUCAGCGCCGGGGAACGAGAGAGGGAUUUAAAAAGAGCAAGCGAUUUUGGAGAGCCUGGUGACCAAAACGAGGACGAGCCGUUGGGCAAGAAUAACAAGGAGUCCAACAACGUAAGCCAAAAAGACGACGAGAGAGCGAGUUACUGGGAACGCAGAAGACGCAAUAAUGCAUCAGCGAAAAAGUCGCGAGAUGCCAGAAAAGCGCGGGAAAUACAAACCCAGUUAAAAGUUGAUCUACUUGAAAAGGAAAACACGAGAUUACUUGCGGAACUCCUCGCUAUUCAGCAUGAAAACCUGUGUCUGCGAAGGGUAUUAGGCAUUAAAAUGUAA